AUGGGUAACUCGCAGCCUUCUCAAGAUCCUCAGAGCAAAGAAAAGAUCCCUGGCACCGACGACCCUCCAGCUCCGCAGUCUCUGUAUCCAAAUCUCCAGAAUGGCAUACCCGAGCAACCUCAAUUUGGGAGGCCUUCAAUGCCUGGGGCAUCGCCACAACCAUAUGCAAGAACACAGCCGCUCAUGCGACCUGGCACGAGUGCUAAUACAUCGGCUCCACGCCAGGUGAGCGCGAGUCAACAACAAGACAAAUAUUCAAACCUUUUCGUGUCGGCGAAGAGACCCGCGCAAAGACCGGAGCUACACAAACCUCAUGUUGUGGCAAAUCCUCUGCAAACACUCAAAGACAAUGCUGCGACCGCCGGACACCCUCCUAAACCCACCUCCUCUCGCCCUCCUCAAGAUGACGAUUUCUACGAGAUCCCUAAGCCUGUGAACUUCCCAACGUGGAAGCCAAAGCCAUUUGUUCCACCCACAUUUUCGUCUCAGCAGCCUCCAAAUCCAUACUUCCGAGCGACUGCGAUAGACAUUACUCAAGAAAACCCCGUCCUGACUCGUCCAGCACAACCCUUGAACAACUCUUUCUUCCGAGCAGAGCGAUACGAAACGACUGACCCGUACACAUACAUGAACUCUACUCAAGCCAGUGAAAGCAUCAAAGCUCUACUUGAAGGCGCAUUUGAAGACGAAGAGGAAAAACCGAGAACGAGGCGGAGAAAGAAGGAGCUGGACAAGAAGCUUGGUGAUUUGGCUGACAUGGUCAAAGAUAUGUCGGUUACCAGCGAAGACAAGAGUGAAUCAACCCAAGAGGAGGUGGAGGAAGAAGACGACGACGAUGGUGCCGUUCCGGGACUGAAAGUCAAGCUCUUGCCGCAUCAAAUUGACGGUGUUGACUGGAUGGUCAGCAAAGAAAUCGGCAAGAAUAGGACUUACGGUGGCAUCCUCGCCGACGACAUGGGUCUGGGAAAGACGAUACAAUCAAUCGCUCUCAUGCUUAGUAACCCAAAGCCCAGUGGUGAAGAGCCGGAGAAGAGCAAGCGCAAAUUACCUGAAGCUGUCACAAAAAGCACCCUUGUUGUUGCCCCGUUGGCAUUAAUCAGACAGUGGGAAGGGGAACUGAAAGAUCGCAUCGACGAAGACCAUGCUCUCAAAAUCUGUGUUCACCAUGGACCUCAGAGAACAAAAAGCUACAAGGAUUUAAAGAAGUACGAUGUCGUCAUCACAACUUACCAGACACUGUCAUCAGAGCAUGCCGGAUGUUCAGAACACCUCAAAGUCGGAUGUUUCGGUGUCCACUGGUAUAGGAUCAUCCUGGAUGAGGCGCACUCGAUCAAGAACCGUAAUGCAAAAGCUUCCAAGGCUGCUUGUGCUCUUGAUGCUGCAUACCGCUGGUGUUUGACUGGAACGCCGAUGCAGAACGGUCUCGACGAACUCCAAAGCCUCAUUCACUUUCUUCGUAUCAAGCCUUAUUGUGACCUGAAUGAAUGGCGUGAGAAUAUCACCAAACCCAUGAACAAUGGAAGAGGAGGUCUUGCAGUUAAGAGACUGAGACUCAUCCUAAAGAGCUUCAUGAAGCGAAGGACGAAGGAUAUUCUCAAACAGGAGCACUCUAAUGAAGGCGGUAAAGGAGUGGCAACCAAAGGAGGCAAAGGUCCCGGGUUCAAGAUCGUGGGACGAACCGUUCACAACGUCGAAGCCGACUUUACAGACCAAGAGCGAGAGUUCUAUAAACGCCUGGAGUCGAGAACGGAUCGAAGUCUGGAGAUGAUGAUGGCUGGGAACAAGAUGAGUUAUGCGUCGGCGUUGGUCCUGCUCAUGCGACUACGACAAGCGUGCAACCAUCCAAAGCUCACGGGCAGUGACUUGAGCACCGAGACUGAUGCAUCCAGUGGCAUGCAGACCCCCAGCCGCAGAAAGGGCAGUGCGGAAGAUGACAUGGACAGUAUUGCAAAUAUGCUUGGUGGCCUUAGUAUGGAGACCAAGAGAUGCGAUAUGUGUCAGAUCGAGUUGACGCCGAGAGAGGUCGCUAAAGGUGCCAUUCGAUGUGCUGAAUGCCAAGAAGAUUUGGAUAAGCAGACGGAUCAUGUGAAGGAGAUCAAAAAGACGAAGAAGGAGAAAAGACAGAAGCAAGAGCAAAAGACAGUCCGAAUUCAACGCAAGCAGGCAAGGCGCGUUGUGGAGGAUAGUGAUGACGACGAGGAUGAAGAUGGGAGAGAGGAAGACGACGAAGAAGAUUCGUCCUCUGUUGACGAUGAAGAAGACGACGAGGACGACGAAUACUCGUCAUCCGGCGACUCUAGCUCUUCGCAACCCGUGCUCCUUCAGUCCACCAAAAUCCGCCACCUCCUAUCCAUCCUGCGCGAAGACUCGCACACGCACAAAUACAUAGUCUUCUCCUUCUUUACAUCCAUGCUGGAUCUGAUCGAGCCAUUCCUCCGCUCCCAUCGCAUCCACUACGUCCGGUACGACGGGAAAAUGCGCAACGACGCACGCGAGGCUUCCCUCAAUGCCCUACGCACCGACCCUGCGACACGUGUCCUGCUCUGCUCCCUCCGCGCGGGGAGCUUGGGACUAAAUCUGACCGCGGCGUCGAGGGUGGUGAUUCUGGAGCCCUUCUGGAACCCCUUUGUGGAAGAACAGGCGAUAGAUCGGGUUCAUCGACUGAACCAGACUCAAGACGUCAAAGUAUUCAAAAUCACCAUCAAGGGUACAGUGGAGGAACGAAUUCUAGAGCUCCAGGAGAAGAAGCGCGAACUUGCCAAGGCGACGAUCGAAGGUCAGGCCCAGGGCAAGAAGGGCGCAAUGAGACUGAACAUGCAGGAUAUGUUGAAGCUCUUUGGUCGCGAGGCCGAGUCGGAACAUCCUGUCGACGUGGAGGGAGUUGGCAUGGGCAUGGGUAAAGGAAGAUCGAGGGGUUUACUGGAAGGGACUUCGAGUCGAGAUACGCCUCCGUCUUCAUCGUCCGAUCCAUCACAAUCACAGGCUACGGCUGGUCGAUAUGGAUCUACCACUACUGGUGGGAUGAGUGGCAGUGGCAGCGCAGGAGGCGAUCGACGGGAGAAAAUGCGUGUGAGUGGCGAUGGCAAGAAGAAAACAUGGAAGGAACAUGAAGUUUAUGGGCGGAGGUGGUGA